UUGCAGCAUGGAGUAGCAAUCUACGAAUCUAACCGGCCCGUUAUCAAGUUCAUCUCGAUUGGGACUUGGAGAAAUGCUCUCACGUCUUUUUACGAUGUGAUAGAGUUCGUCGGCCGCUGGAACCCCUACGGCCGCCCGUUCCGGGUUGUCUCUCGCGGUGAGAAGACCUUUCGCAUCAUUCGUGGAACACUAGAGGAGGUCGUGAGCGUGGACCGCCUCAAAGCCGCUGUCCCGGACAUUCUUUCGGACGAGCUCUGUGGUCCCAUUUCCCCUGCUCCCCGAUCCUCUAUCCUUCCACGCCGUCUGUUUCCCCUUCCGCCAUUUCCACUGCCAUUGAUGGUUACUCCUCCCUCAUCCUUCUCCAACAUUCCUACCACAACGCACUCUUGCCCUGCAUCUCCGGCAUACAUUACUCCUUGUGGACGUCACGUUCACUUCCCCGAUCGACUGAUCUCUCACGAUUUUUAG